AUGGAUUUUCCAAGGUCAAGCACAAAAUACCAUAUAGGGCUGAAAUAUUUUCUCGACUUUGCCUUCUCGAAUUCUACCGAUGGGAUGAUCUUGUGCCCUUGCAAAAAAUGUAAAAACGCCAUUUGCAAAACAAGGGAUGUAGUGGUAGAACAUCUUCUUUGGAAUGGUUUUUUAUGUGGAUAUACUAAAUGGCUACUUCAUGGAGAGACUAUCACUGAUCAAGCACAAGUACCACAAGAUUACAUUGACAUAAAUGCAUCUGAUAAUAUGCAAGAAAUGCUACAUGAUAGAUUUGGGGUGCAUGAUGAAGAUGAUGAUUUCGAAAGAGAGCCACGAGUAGAACAAGCAGAAAGACCUUGUAAAGAAGCUGAGAAAUUUUAUAAGCUUAUGGAAGAUGCAGAACAAGAGCUCUAUCCAGGAUGUCAAAAGUUUUCUAAACUUUCUUUCAUUGUUCGAUUGCUUCAUAUCAAGUGUCUCGGUAAUUGGAGUGACACUUCUUUUACCUUGAUUCUUAAUUUAUUAAGAGAGUCAUUUCCAGAAGGUGUCCAAUUGCCUAUAAACUACUAUGAAACUAGAAAGAUAUUGAAAGAGUUGGGCCUGAAUUAUAAAAAGAUUGAUGCAUGCAGGAACAAUUGCAUGCUAUAUUGGGGUAUUAAUGAGAGUAAGACCAGGUGCGAGACUUGUGACGAGCCACGAUGGAUAAUUCCAGACCGUAUUGAAGACGGAAAUGGUGUUCCUUCAAAAAAAUCUAAAAAAGAUAAAAACGUUUCGGCAAAAAUCAUGUGGCACUUUCCGUUGAAACCAAGGUUACAAAGAUUGUUUAUGAAUUCUAAAACUGCUUCGCUUAUGAAGUGGCAUGAAGAAAAGCGGACCAAAGAUGGAUUCAUGAGACACCCCGCAGAUUCUCCUGCUUGGCAUACUUUUGACUACCAUCAUCCGGACUUUGCCAAAGACCCGCGCAAUGUAAGAUUAGGUUUGGCAACUGAUGGUUUUAAUCCUUUUAAAACCAUGAAUGUCACUCACAGUACAUGGCCAAUAAUCCUAAUGUCGUACAACUUGCCACCUGGACAUUGUAUGAAAAAAUCGUACUUUAUGUUGUCUGUACUUAUUCCCGGACCCACAGAACCUGGAAAUAAUCUUGAUGUAUACCUCCAACCAUUAAUUGCUGAGUUAAAGGAAUUGUUUGAUGUUGGAGUAAACACUUAUGAUGCUUCAUCAAAAGAAAAUUUCCAAAUGCGUGCAGCAAUACUUUGGACUAUUAGUGAUUUUCCGGGACUUGCAGCUGUAUCUGGGUGGAGUACUAAAGGAGAGUAUGCAUGUCCAGUAUGUUACAAGUUUACCAACUCCAAAUGGUUGUAUAACUCUCAUAAAUAUUGUUAUAUGUGCCAUCGUAUUUUUUUACCAGCAGAUCAUCCAUAUCGAAACGACAGAGGGUCAUUCGAUGGCACACAAGAGCACCGAAAUGCACCUCCUUAUUUGAAGGGAUCUACAAUAUUAGAUGAUGUAAAGGAUAUUCAAAACAAGUUUGGGAGAAACACCGGUGAUCAAAAUUUACCUUACGGUUGGAAGAGAAAAAGCAUUCUAUUUGAUUUGCCGUAUUGGGAAAAAAAUUUGGUGCGCCAUAAUCUUGAUGUUAUGCAUAUAGAGAAAAAUGUGUGUGAUAAAGUUUUAUACACAUUAAUGAAUUCUGACAAGUCAAGCGAUAAUUAUAAGGCGCGGCUUGAUUUGCAAAAGAUGGGCAUAAGGCCUGGUCUUCAUCCUUUUGUGGAUGAGUUUGGUAAACAAUGGAUGCCAGCUUCAUCAUUCACAUUUAAUAAGAGUGAGAAGGAAAUUUUUUGUAGGGUUUUGAAAAAAAUCAAGGUGCCUGAUGGUUAUGCUGCAAAUGUAUCAAGAUGUGUGCAACUUAAGCCACCAAAGAUAUUUGGGCUAAAGAGUCACGAUAGUCAUAUCUUAAUGCAACAAUUACUGCCUGAUGGAUUUACAUUGGCUAAUUUCACUAACAUAAAGCGUCAAAAUGAACCUUUUGUGCUUGCAUCUCAAGUUGAGCAAGUAUUUUAUGUAGAGGACCCCACAGAAAAGGAUUGGCGUGUUGUUAUAAAAACUAAGGCCAGAGACAGAUAUGAUGAUGGCAAUGACAUGUCUACUGAUGAUAUCGAUACAAUUUUGCAAAGUAAAACUUGCAAUGAUCGUCCUAUUAUUGAAGAUGGAGAUGUUGUCUGGGUGCGAGAUGGAGUUCUUGAAAUUCCAGUGGAUGAUUUACAAGAAAAUAAUGUAGAAGAAGUCUAG